AUGCAAGGUGGAGUUUCAUCAGGAGUCCAAAAGUACAGCUUUCCACCGAACAAUACCCCAGUCUCUAAAGUGUACGUAUUUGGAAGGCCCGUCUAUGUAAGGCAACCUUUUGUAGUACCUCAGAGAGGUUAUCGACCAAGACAUGACAGCCAUGUGAUGCGAGACGAGAGAUCAUUUCAAGGCAAUGCAGAUGCCUUAGCAGAUGCCGUCGAACAAACCGUUGUUCAGGAAGCUAUGGUAAAGCAAUUCUUCACAGACACCGACCCUUUGCGAUAUCAGCUACCUGAACGACCGUUUCCACCUUCGGACAGAUAUGGACCAAUACCUGCUCCUGUAGAACCAAAGCAUCGAUAUCCCCUUCCGCAGUGCUACACCAAUGACAGCGGUAAGGCUGAGAGGAAAAGUGCAAAGAUCCGAGCGCACUACUUUUAUUUUAUUAAAUGUGAGACUUCGAAUGUAGUGGUUGUCUAGAG